UGUUAUCAGUUGGUAUAUAAAUGAGCGAGCGACAAUUGGCUUGAUCAGUCUUAAGUUAGUGGAGUUCGGUGAAUAAAAUACAAAAUGUAUCAGAAAGUGCCCGCGUUUACUGAAUUUAACGAAUUUGCCAGCAACAGCACUGGUGGUAAAAUUCUCUUUGCCACAGAUGACUUUUUUGCAGUAUGCGAAAACAUAAUAUCUGAUAAAGAUCCUGUCAACUUACCUGAAGAAUUUACAGAGUAUGGGAAGUGGAUGGAUGGAUGGGAAACCAGAAGGAAGAGGACACCAGGUCAUGACUGGUGUAUAUUGAAGCUUGCAUCCAAAUGCAUAAUUGCAGGAUUCUUGGUAGAUACCGCAUUCUUCACUGGCAACUUCGCUCCCAGAUAUUCUAUUCAAGCCGCCCGCCUGACGCCUGAUGAAGAAGCAUUAAUACCGAAGAGAAUUUCACGGAUGGGUACUGCGGCGAGCGAGUCCGACUUGGAACUAAUGAGUCUGCUUAGUACAGACAAAUGGGAGGAAAUCGUCCCAAUAACUGUGCUGCAGCCGGGCUAUGAGAAUACUAGGAUGAACUUUCAAAAGGUGGUCAGCGAUGAAGCUUGGACACACUUGAGACUUAAUAUAUAUCCUGAUGGAGGCAUCGCAAGGCUCCGUGUAUUUGCUGAAGUAAAGCCGGACAUACCACCAAGUGACCAACUUGUUGACUUAGCAUCUAUGUUGAAUGGUGCUCGGUCUAUUGACUUUUCAAAUGCCCACUACGGACAUCCGAAAAAUAUAUUGAAACCAGGGAAGAGUGCAGUAAUGGCUGAUGGUUGGGAGACAGCAAGGCGACUUGAUAGACCUAGCAUUAUUAAAAAGAAUAAAGAUGGGACCCUUAAAGUACCAGGAGAAGAAUGGGCAAUCUUCGAGCUGGGAUUUCCCGGUAGAGCCAAAGAGAUUUGUAUAGACACGACGCAGUUCAAAGGAAAUUUUCCAGACACAGUGAAAAUUGAGGGAGCUUUUCUGAAAAAUGAGUACACUAGUGCAGCGGACAUUGAUUGGGAUAUCAUUGUUAAACCAUAUAAGCUCUCACAGAAUAAAGAGCAUUGGAUUAGCUGCCAUUCCGAAGUCAUCAAUCACAUUCGCGUCACUAUGGCACCCGAUGGUGGGUUCAGUCGACUCCGUCUUUAUGGUUUUGUUGAAACUAACUUAAUUUUAUAGAUGUAUUAAAUAAAAACUAAAUUUGAAAUGAUAAUAUAUUGGCAUUUCAAAUGUCAUGCUAAUAUUGACUUUGCUAUAUUCGUUUUAAGUUCACUUUCACGUUUAAUAAUUUGAGCACUAAAAACCUAUUUAUAUUGUCACAUUACAUUACUAAUUAAUUGUAUUUCUCUGUUUUCAUACACUUAUUAAUUAAUCAUUUGUUAUUUUAAAAUGAGUAUUAGUAAUCCUCCUGGUGAGGCAAGGAAAAUUGUUACAAUGUUUUAAUAUGUGUUUAGUUUUAUAUAUUUAUAAGGUAUUAAAGUAUUAUUAAUAAUAAAGUUUAAUUUAUGUA